AUGGCAGAAAAGGAGGGUGGGAUAGUGAAAAAGGGGCACGAGGAAGGUCUAAAAAUGGCGAUUUCUCUUCUCGAAGAAUUCGGGCUCCCACUCGGGCUUCUCCCUCUUGCAGAGGUGAUAGAAGUGGGAUUUGUAAGGAGCACAGGUUACAUGUGGAUUGUCCAGGAGAAAAAGGUUGAACACGAAUUCAAAAUUAUAAGCAAAACGGUGAGUUAUAGCAAUGAGAUUAAUGGAUAUAUUGAGAUGAAAAAGAUCAAGAAAUUGCAUGGAGUUAAGGCUAAAGAGCUCGUGCUUUGGCCUCCAGUUAGUGAAAUCAGAGUAGACGAUCCUCCAACUGGGAAAAUCCAUUUUAGGAGUCUUGCAGGAAUUACAAAGACUUUCCCAGUUGAGGCUUUUGCUUUAGGCCAGUGA